CUGCAGGCGCAAGUACAGGGGUGGGUAGUUUAUAUUCACAGGAAGGGAACAGGGACGCACACUGGAGUAGUUUACUCCUCCCCACACACCCUCACCCACUCCUGGACACACACUGCCUGCUUGGUGCUCAUUCCCUCCGCUCUGCAGCCUGCCAGCCUCCUCGAUCGGUCCUUCCUUCCCUGGCAGAGAACCUGCCCUGCUGAGGAUUACCAUGGUGCAAUCAAAGAAGAAGUUCCGCGGCGUCAGGCAGCGCCACUGGGGCUCGUGGGUCUCCGAGAUCAGGCACCCUCUACUUAAGAGGAGAGUGUGGCUGGGCACCUUCGAGACGGCCGAGGAGGCCGCGCGGGCGUACGACGAGGCCGCCGUCCUGAUGAGCGGCCGCAACGCCAAGACCAACUUCCCCGUCCCGAGAAGCGCCACCGGGGAGCUCGCCCCGGUGUCGGUGGCGUGGGACGUCCGUGGCGGCGGCGGCUCGUCCUCCGCCGCGGGCGGCAGUAACCUGUCGCAGAUCCUCAGCGCCAAGCUCCGCAAGUGCUGCAAGACGCCGUCCCCGUCGCUGACCUGCCUCCGCCUCGACCCGGAGAAGUCCCACAUUGGCGUCUGGCAGAAGCGCGCGGGCGCCCGCGCCGACUCCAGCUGGGUCAUGACCGUGGAGCUCAACAAGGACGCGGCCACGGCAGCGUCGUCCAGCGAGGAGCCCACGCCCAGCGAUGGUGCGGCGACAACGCCCACGUCCACGAUGACGGACUCGCCACCGACCAUGGACGACGAGGAGAGGAUUGCACUGCAGAUGAUCGAGGAGCUGCUGGGCAGGAGCAACCCGGCCGACCAUUCACAUGGGAUGCUCCAUGGUGUAGAAGGCAGCCUCGUCAUCUGAAGUAAAAAGAACAACAAUUUGCUUAUGGUUAAACAAGUAUGGUCGACAAGUCACUGUCCUAGAUCAAGUAUUUGGUAGAGUGGUUGGUGCAAAAUGCAAGCAGCUAAGAUUGCAUCGUAUCAUAGGUAUCUCUAUUACUACAUCCAGCUUAGGAAACCAUAUAGUAACGUUAAUCACUACUGUGUCAAGCUCUGUGUAUUUAUUAAAGGCUUACUUGUAUGUAUACGCAGUCCCCGUCAUGAUAGUCACACUGGUGAAACCUUUGCUAUGUAUCAGUAUCAUAUCAAGCUAUAUAUCAAUAUCAGUGGU